UAUAAAUUAAUUAAUGGCACGCAAAAGGGCUGAUCCAGAUCGUUUCUUAGAGUACGAAGAAUUCAAAGAUCAUUCUGGUUUUACUAUCUAAGAGGAUGGAGAUUAUAUAGAUUUCUAUUAUGACUAAUAACGGGGUUGGUUUGAUGAAUAUGGCAAUUACUAUAAUUCGAAUGGCGAACCAACGAGACCAAGUUAAGCUAGCUUGAGAUUUUGGGAUUCAAUCAAACAUAAAUGUAAUACUCUUUAUUGAACAGUUAUAGAUUCCUAAGAUGACAUUGAUGAUUUAUUAAAUCAAUAUGAUGGGGGUACCGAAAGUGAAGAUGAUAAUGAUGAUGAUUUUGAAAGGUGAUUGAUAAGAUUUAUUCUAGAGAGUACCAUAACAAAGCACAUAUGGAUAAACUUCUCAAAAGACUGAGACAUUAUGGAGAUUAGGAAGAAAUUAAAAUCAGAUUCAGCCACAAUAAAUGGAGUACUAAGGAUAAAGAUAUUAUACAAUUGCUCGGAGCCUAAAAUGUGAAAUCAGUUUAAUUUGAUUUUAAAUCUGGCACAAGUUACAAAACGGGGACAGGAACCAUAAUAACCUUUAAUAAAAAAUGCGCUCAGUAAAUCAUUCAAUUCCACAAUACCGAAAUUAACAGUCAUCCUAUCUCAUUUGAUAUUGAUGCUAUAGAUAUCAAUGAUUCAGAGGACGAAGUGAUUGAUAUUUAGAAAGAAGAUCCAUUAUUAAGUAAACCACAAUAAUAAUAAUAAUAAUAAUAAUAAGUGUAGUAAUAAUAAUAACCAUAACAGUAAUAAUAGUAAAAACCAUAACAGUAACAAUAAUAGUAAUAAUAAUAACAACAAUAAUAACAAUAACAAUAAAAAAAAGAAAUUUGGGUAUAAGAAUUCUUAAUUGUUGAAGGAUUCCCCGAUAAAGAACCUCAAUAAAACAUUAAAUUAUGGUUGUCUUAAAAAAUAUUAAAUAAUGCAUAAAUUCAUGACAACAUGUUUGAAAUUAAAGAUAAAGUAAAAAAAGAGAAGGGAAAGGUAGUCGAUCAAUAUUAGGCUGUUAAAUUAGAUUUAGGGUCAAAGGAAAAAUUAGAAGAUGCUAAAACUUAACUUGAUUAAUACAACAUGUAUUAAGGAAAGAGAAGGAUAACCUAUUUUAUAUACAAACCUCAACAAUGA